AAGUCCGUUUACCAUUUGCUUGGCGAUGGCUCCCUCGUAGCACCCCCGUUCUUUGACGACCUUUCCACUACGCAUCUUGCUCUCGUCAUCAUGGCGUCCCUCUUUACUGUAUUCGUAAGGAAUACAACUCUAUCAGCUGCAUUCUUAUGGUCAGGUGGAGUUCGCAAGAAAAGUCUUUUAUACACUCUAUUCCUCAGUCAACUUCUCGCACCUAUCUCCAUCCUGUCUAUGCUUAUCGCCCAAUUUCACCCUAAUUUCGAUUGCAAAAUAAUCAUGCGCAUCGCAGUCGCUAGCGCAGGAAUAUCCUUUUCUUUAUUGAUAUCCGGCACUCUAGGCGUAAAGGCUUACCGAUGCCUAGACAACUCUCGCUUAGUUCUAGUCAUCUUGGUCAUACUAAGGACUGCUGCAAUCAUUUUCCUUGCUCUUGAUCUGGCAUUGCUUAACAGUUAUCGCAGUCUUGCAGGCCGCUGCUACCGAACAUCUAAUUCCAUGUCAUAUACUUUCAUAAUACUUUUAUUUGUCGAAUCGCUAUUCGUCUGUCUGUGCUUUCUCUAUGCUGUUCGGAAGUCACUCGGUUCCGUCCAGGGUAGAAUUACUGUAUCACUCUCUCUUGACGAUGUCGCAGAUUCCCAUCUAGACAUCCAAAAAGAGAGCAUCAAGCAUUACGAGACCGCUCACAGCCGCCGUGACAGGUGGGAUUAUGUUCCUACUGUAAAUUAUCCUGCUCUAUUCACCUGCAGAUCCCGUAGAACUCAGUCUCUCUCCUAUGACCCAAGUAUUCCCAUGGGUGGUCUUUCCAGGAGUGAAAGAGUGCAUGAUCCGGAGAAUGUGCCCUCUAGAUUGCCCAUCCCACCGCUGGCUACAAAAUCCCCUCUCGCUGGCACAUCCCCAAUUCCUCGCCGGCCAUCUUCUCCUGCCGUCUCAUCCAUAAGUCGCAUGAGUCAAUAUAUGCCUCGAGUAGCGUUGUUCAGAGAAGUGAUGAGAGAUGAAUUAUUCUACACCACCUUUAUCACUGCUUCCACCGUCGUUUCCGUCAUAAUGACUAUAGUCGGUGUUAAUAGCGUGGGCCCGGCUGAUCAUGUAGCUUGGAUGGCCUUUGACUGGGCCUUCAUUUCGUGUCUUGUAAUGCACAGUUUUGGUCGUGUCAUCCGCCGCCAUGAAAACGAAGCUUUGUUACAGCAGCCUAGUGUUUGGCAUCGCAGUUUGCGUACGGACCACAGUACUGCAGAUAUUUCAGCGGAGGGAAGGGUAAGAUCUCCUAGGCCUUCGUUUGCU